GAAAAAAAAAAAAAAAAGGAAAAGGAAAACGACAAAGCUGCUUUCAAGUAUUGAAGAUACAAGGCCAGGAUGAACACGAAGGACUCGAAAGCGGCUGAAGGAGGUCUCAAUGUCACACUUACCAUACGUCUUCUCAUGCACGGCAAGGAGGUUGGAAGCAUUAUUGGAAAGAAAGGUGAGACAGUUAAGAAGAUGAGGGAGGAGAGUGGUGCUCGAAUCAAUAUUUCAGAAGGCUCCUGUCCGGAGAGAAUUGUGACAAUAACAGGCCCAACAGAUGCGAUUUUUAAAGCUUUUUCUAUGAUUGCACUAAAAUUUGAAGAGGACAUAAACGCCUCGAUGACAAACAGCACGGUGACAAGCAAACCCCCUGUGACACUGCGGCUCGUUGUCCCGGCAAGUCAGUGUGGAUCCCUUAUAGGAAAAGGAGGUUCCAAAAUCAAAGAAAUCAGGGAGUCCACAGGAGCCCAGGUGCAGGUGGCAGGGGACAUGUUGCCCAACUCAACGGAGCGCGCAGUGACUAUUUCGGGCACUCCUGAUGCCAUCAUCCAGUGCGUGAAACAAAUAUGUGUGGUUAUGCUGGAGUCCCCACCCAAAGGUGCCACCAUCCCCUACCGUCCCAAACCUGCCUCUGCACCUAUCAUUUUUGCAGGUGGCCAGGUAAGAGCAGACACCAUUUUGGCUUCAGCUGGAAACCACACCGUCUUGGCCCAACCACAGCCAGCGCCUGCAUUCACGAUUCAAGGGCAGUAUGCCAUCCCUCAUCCAGACUUGACCAAGCUUCACCAGUUGGCUAUGCAGCAUCCCCCCUUUACUCCCCUUGGGCAGACCACCCCUGGUUUCCCUGGACUGGAUGCCACUACUCCAACCAGUUCCCAUGAGCUUACUAUUCCCAAUGAUGUAAGUGGACCAAUAGUCAGUGUCACUUUCUCUUCUCUCGCUCCUCUGCCACCGCAGGGGAAACCUCUCACCUUUGGCUCAUUUGGAAACACUAGUCCACAGG